AUGUUUAUGCGCAACGUUUUUGUCGCGGCUGUCAGCCUGCAAGCUCUCGUCGAUGGUGUCGUUGCCCAGGAAAAGGUAACUCUCACCAAGUAUGUCACCAAGGCCAAGGCCAAGCCUACCAACGCCUACCCGGUUCCCGAUCUUCCUGAGCCUGAGGUCACCGUUAUCCCUACCUCUUACAUUGAGGAUGGAACCACCAUCUUCGUCGACGAGACCGUCACUAUUCCUUGCUCCAGGUGCACAGCCAGCACUGCUGGCGACGCUGAUGCUGAGGCCACUUCCGAGGUUGAGGUUUUCAGCACUGUCAUCACCACCACCGAUGCUGGUGAGGUUUCCGACCAGACUGCCGAGGUGACCGUCAUCCCUACUUCUUACAUCGAGGAUGGAACCACCAUUUUUGUCGACGAGACCAUCACCAUCCCCUGCACCAAGUGUGCUGGAGGCAAGAAGACCGAGACUGAGGCUGGUGCUGAGGAGACCUCUGAGGCUGCCGUUGAGACCGAGGUCACCACUGGUGGUGAUGCUCUUGCCCAGGGUACCUCUUCUGAGGUCGCCGAGACCCUCUCCACUGAUGUUGCUGAGGCUACUGAGUCUGGUGACGUUCCCGCUCAGACUGCCGAGGUGACUGUCAUCCCUACCUCUUACAUCACCGACGGAACUACCAUCUUUGUCGACGAGACUGUCACCAUUCCCUGCACCAAGUGCGCUGGUGGCAAGAACACCGAGACUGCUCCCGCUGAAGGAGCUGAGGAGACCACCACUGGUGCCGACCUCGAGGCUUCCACCGCUCUGGGUGUUGCCACUUCUGAGGCCCCCGAGGAGGAGACCACUGCUGCUACUGAAGAUGCUGCUGAGUCCACCCCCGUUGAGAACGACACCCAGACUGCCAACACUGCUACUGGUGAGGCCGAUGCCAGCACUGAGUCUGAGAUCCCUAUUCCCACCACCAUCAUCCCUAGCAUUAUCCUCACCACUGGUAACAGCCAGAACACUGUCACUUCCCAGCCUGGUCCUUUCGCCAACACCACUGUGACUGCUCCUGCUGUCGCUGACACCACUGCUAUCGAUGAGCUCCCUGCUUCUUCUGAGGUUGCUACCAGCAGCGCUGUCGUCAGCAAGAUCGUCAAACCUGUCAUUGUUGUCAUCCGUGAGGUUACCAUCUUCCACCGUACCAUUGUCAUUGGUGCUGCCUGCCCUCCUGUCAAGCGUGGUAACAAGGGUGACUUCGUUGUCGGUACCGGUUCCGAUGAGAAGAGCUUCACCAAGAUCGAUGAGGCUCUCGAUGACGCCUGUGGCAAGCAGGCCAAGGCUUGUGAAGAGAGUGCUGGAAAGAACUACGCUGUCACUGACUGCCAGAAGCAGCUCGAGAUCUGCCGUACUGAUGCCUCUUCCACUGCCAAGGCCCCUACUGGCGACAUGAAGGAGUCCACUGAGACCGCUACCGUUAUCCUUCCUUCUGACGCCGCUGUCACUACUGGCAAGGACAACAAGCCUGCUGUUGGUGGUCACGUUGUCAUCUCUACCCGUACCCUCACUGUCUCCGAGUCUUGCGUUGUCUCCGAUGGUACUCCCGUUAUUGAGACCCCUGCCUCUACUGAUGCCUCUGCCACCACUGUCCAGACUGCCGAUGCCGAGACCACUGAUGCCGAGUUCGAGGCUUCCACUGCUCUGGGUGUUGCUACCUCUGAUGUCCCUGAGGUUCCUGAGAACUCCGAUGUGAUUUCCACUCUCACCCUGACCAAGCCCAACGGCGAGAUCACUGUCACCUCCAUGAUCCUCACCCCUGGUGUCCCCACCGGAACCGGUGCCACUGUUCCCGCUGAGGAGACCACUGAGGCUGCUGUCGAGACUUCUGAUGCCGAGUUCGAGGCCUCUACCGCUCUAGGUGUUGCCACCUCCGAGGUUCCUGAGGUCCCUGAUGUUGUCACCACCCUCACCUUGACCAAGCCUAACGGCGAGGUCACUGUCACCUCCAUGACUCUCACCAACGGUGUCCCCACUGGCACUGGAAUCUACCCCGGAAACACUGAUGCCGAGACUUCUGAGGCUCCCGUUGAGACCAUGCCCGUUGUCGAGACCCCCCCUGCCGCCGAGACCACCGCUGAGGCUGAGGUCUCUUCUGCCCUUGGUGUCGAGACCAGCGAGGAGGCUACCACUGUUGUCACUGGAACCCAGACCGGUGUUGUUGUCAUCACCAUGACCAAGCCUAACGGGGAGGUCAGCGUCACCUCCAUGACCAUCACCCCUGGCGUCCCUACCGGCACCGGUACCGCUAUCGUUACCGUUCCUGCUGAGGAGACCACCGUUGUUGAGGCCCCCGCUGAGACUUCUGAGGCUGUUGUCGAGACCACCAUUGUUCCUGGCGGCCAGGAGACCACUGUCGUCGGUGACAAGACCAUCACACACACUGUCACCAACGAGAUCACCUCCUACGUCACCGUUGGCGUCGACACCGUUACCGAAGGCACUGAGACUAUCACCAAGACUAUGACCAACGAGGUUACUCAGACCGUUACUGUCCCCGCCGAGGAGAUCACCAAGACCGUCACCCUCCCCGGUGGCGGAGAGAUCACCAAGACCGUCACCGUCCCCGCUGGAGGAGAGGUUGUCAAGACCGUUACCCUUCCUUGUGCUGAGCAGGGUGCCAACGUCGUCACCUCAGUCGUCACCAUGUGUCCUGCCCCCACUACUAUGGCCACCGCCUCUACCAAGGCUCCCGAGACAGUCUACGUGACUGCAACCGUCGAGGCUCAAGGCGUCAAGCACAGCCCCUACCCAGUCCCCGGCCGCUUCCGCCGCAUGCUCGGUCUCUGA